GCGAGUCGCUGCUAUCACUGCCAAAGAAAUGGCUCAGCACCCAGGUCUACGGCGCCGACGACGAGGAAAUCCAGUAUGCCCAGGUUGCCAAGCUCCCUGUGCCGGAGUUGCAAGCCACGCUCGACUCCUAUCUGGACUUUGCGUCGGUGAUUGUGAGUCAGCAACAGAUGGAGAAAACCCAGGAGAUCGUAAAGAAGUUCUCAGAGAAUCUGGGGCCGAGAAUGCAAAAUGUCCUGGUCGAGCGGCAAAAAGAGAUGAUUAAUUGGGUUACGGACUGGUGGUUGGAUGAUAUGUACCUGAAGGUUCGGCUUCCGGUUCCCAUCAACUCCAAUCCUGGCAUGGUGUUCCCCCGAAGGCAAUUUGCGAAAAUCGACGAGGUGGCUGACCUCGCUGCCCUCUAUAUUGAUGAUCUGCUGGACUACAAGGAAAUGCUCGAUAGGGGAGAAUUGCCACAAGAACGGGCUACGAGUCGCGAGAAGGGUCAACCGCUAUGUAUGGAGCAGUUCUACAGAUUGCUCGGCGUCUGUCGCAUACCGGAAGUGGGCAAAGAUCGCCUGGAACUGCCCGACAGGCCCAACGACCCAUCGGAAUGCGAAGAGUUAGUGAUCGUUGUUUGUCGGAACUAUUUUUACCCGAUCCCGGUGAAAGCAGCAGAUCGUGGCCGCCUUACCCCAGGCGAGAUUCAAGCUCAGUUGCUCCACGCGAUGGUGGACGCGGCGGGAGCACCACCAGCGCCCAGGGUCGGUCUGCUCACAUCCAUGAACAGAGACCAGUGGGCAAAGGCUAGAGAGCAACUCAUUAAAGAUGAGAACAACAGAACUAACUUGGAGCUGAUAUCGCGGGCGCUCUGUAUCAUGUGUAUCGACGAGGCGGGGGGCGAUCGUCCGGAGCUGGAUGCCGACACCAACGCACUACUGCGAGCGAUGCACGGCGGUGGUACCCGCUACCAUUCCGCCAAUAGAUGGUUCGAUAAGACUGUUCAGUUAAUCAUAUCGUCGGACGGCACAAUCGGCAUGUGUUACGAGCACAGCCCGGCGGAAGGCGUGGCGGUGAUCCGCCUGGCGGAGCGCGCGCUGGCGCGGGCUGAGGUCGCGGACAAGCCGUCGCCGCCGCCCGCGCUGCUGCCCGCGCCGCAGUUCAUGAAGUGGAACCUCACCAGUGAACUGCACAGGGGUAUCGAGAAUGCUGCCAGGGAUUUUGACAGACAAAUUUCGGAUCUAGAUCUGAAGGUAUACACGUACCGCGGCUAUGGACGUGAGUUCAUGAAGUCUUGUCGCACGAGUCCCGACGUGUACAUCCAGCUCGCCUUGCAGUACACCUACUACAAAAUGUACGGCUACCUGGUGUCCACAUACGAGUCCGCCUCCCUGCGCCGAUUCCACCACGGACGCGUGGACAACAUCCGCAGCGCCCACAGCGCGGCCCACGCGUGGGCGGCCGCCAUGUGCACCGCGGACACGCCGCCGCAAACCGACGACGACGGACCCAAGAAGGUUUCUUUCAAUUUAUACGGGGAACAAAAGAAGCUUGAAUUAUUCGAAGAAGCUGCUCGCAAGCAAACGGCUAUCAUGGAAGCUAACAUACUGGGUCGAGGGAUCGACAACCACUUGCUGGGGCUGCGUGAAGCGGCGCGAGAAACACUCGGAGAACUACCGGAAAUGUUUAAAGAUCCCACUUACGGACGAAUGAUUGAGUUUAAACUCAGUACCAGCCAGGUCGCCACAACAACUGACAAUACAUUCAUGGGGUACGGGGCCGUUGUUCCUGACGGAUACGGUUGCAGCUACAACCCCAAGAAGGAUUCAGUCAUAUUCUGUAUUUCUUCUUUCACCUCGUCCAGCGUCACCAACACGGAAGCCUUCAGGCAGUCCCUGGGAGAAGCUCUCGACUCUAUGAGAUUGAUGUUUCAAAAUCGAAAAGCAGAAAAUUAAUUAUACUCCGCAUAUUUUCUAAAUGAUGAAAAAGUUUAUAUAAAAUAUUGACACGAAAAAUUGUAUCUAUCUCGAGAAAUAAUGUUGUAUAUCUUAGACAUUAUUUCUAUAAAACUUUUAAGAUAUCAAAAUUAUACAACUCAAUUUUAAAGUUAUGCUCUUGCUUCGAGGAAGCUUUUAAAAACGUUUUACAUUAUGGAAACUUGAAUAAAAUGAUUACCAUUUUCAUCUUUACAAAAUGGUAACGUAAAGCAGUAUAUAGAAUACAUG